UCUACAUAGUGCUCAACCAGGCUGGACACAAGUUGUGAAUGCAGCUCGUAAAUGCAAUAAAAUAGUAUAGCGUUACAUUGAUGGGUUCAAACGAUGCGUGAAACAAAGCACCAAACAUUAGCCGCCAUCCCGCAAGCGAAUCGUUCUGGAGAUGCUGUGCUGCGAAAGCAAGGCAUCCGCUUGUGGAAAGCUGCUACAAGCGGAGAAGAAGCGACACCGGAGCACGAAGAAGGACGAAACGGAGGGAAAAACGCUUGAACGCGAGAUCGGUUGGGUUUUGGCAUCUCGAUUGUCUGGACCGUGCGCGAACGGAAAAGGCAGAACGAUGAGCAGGCCUGACGACGGUGUGGUCUGUACGUCGUGGUCGUGACCAAAGGGUACCAAGGGUCAGGGUAAGAAGACGGAAGGGAAACGCCGAGUUCGAUCCGACGGUCGGGCGUCCGUCCGUUGUUUACAUUUACGGUGGUGGUAUUUUGUUUUUUCGGAAGGAUUUCUCAAAUUAGUCGAUCAUUACGCUUCGUCAAGUGCGGACGGGAAUUAGUCGUGUGUUGGCUUCGGUUGCGUGACGAUUCCAGGGUUUGGGGGUGCGCGAUUCGCUUCGUAGUACGCCCGGGUGCUGCAAGGCACAGUGCUGAUCAAGUGUUCGAACCGGAUCGAUCGUAAUCGAAUCGAGCAGUAUUAUGUGUUGAAUCUGUUUGAUAAAGAAUUCGGUGCAAAAGUGAGCAAACAUAGCAAAUUAUGUGAAUAUAAACUAGUUAAGUGAUCACGACUAAAUAUUGGCUUGUAUCGUCUAUAUAACAUAAGAUUUUGUGUGUUAUCUGUGUGAAGUACAACUUAAGUGCUAAGAAAAAAAGUUUUUUUUAUAUGUGAAAAGCGAGAGAGUUCCUCAAGCAUGAUUAAAACAGAAGAACAUAUGGAAACGGCUUCUUCAAUGGUGGAUGUUAGUGACGAUCAGGGGAUUAUUGUUGGUGGUGGUGGUGGCGGUGGUACAAAUCCUUCCGGUGGUUAUCACUAUCGACCACUUUCGUCAAACAUCGUCAUGGCUUCAGCACACAUUAUAGAGAAUCCUGCCCUGCAGCAGCAACAGAACGACGGCAGGGACUGUGGUCCGAUGAUGACCCAUCCCUAUCAUCAUCAUACUUCGUUUCAUCAUCACGUCCAGCCUGUAUCGCAUCAUCCGCAGGCUCAUGGACAUUUCCAGCCGCAUCAUCAACAUCAUCACCAUCAUCAGCAGCACGCGCAAGGAAUCGACGUGAAGGACGAGAUGGAUGAUCGUAACGCAUCACCGCCGGGCAUUGGUACAGUGGCUUAUCCGAGCAACAUUGAGUUAAAGCUCGAAGGUGAUGGUGGCAAGAUUUCGUCAAUGUAUCACCAUCAUCAUCAUCCUCAUCAUGCGUUUGAUAAGCUGCCCUCGUACUAUAUCAACCACCGAUCGCCGUAUCUUAUCUCACAGAUCAAUGAUCCGGAGUUACCCACUGGGGAUAGUGCUGGACCGGGAGUGGAAUGUCUGCGUGGCACUCCAGGCGCUUAUCUGCUGGAAAGUUCGAUCAACACGCUCAAAUUGUCCGGUGAAUCGAUGGGAUCUCCUUCACUAAUGAUGAGUUACGGAGGAGAGCUGACGAUUGGACCGCUGGCCGGACAGCAACGAUCACGCAGCAAUGGUAGCAGUGCUAGUGCUGGCAAUGUUUCUCCAAGCUCCUCUACGAUCGUUACGAAUCCGUUCGUCAUACAGCAACAACAGCAGCAUCAGCAUCAGCAGCAUCAAGAUCAACAGCACCAUACUCAGCACUAUCAUCUGCAUUCGCACCAUCAGCAACUACAUGAAUCCGCCGGUCUUAGUGACUCCGUCGGGAGUGUCUGCACAAGCGCACGUACUGAGAGCACCGUCGGGAUGGGUAGUGGUCAACAGCAUUCAGUGCAAGCGACCAGUAGUACAAGCGGUGGACACAUCACAAUAACGGAUGUAUCGCUUCACCUCCCCAAAUCGACGUCCGUGUCACCAGUUUCCCAUCUUGGAUCACCGUGCUCGACAUCGACGACUCCUCCAGUGUCGGUAGCGAGUUCCACCGGAGGUACUACCAGCCGGAAGGGUGGAACCAGCACCAACAACGGAACAAACGGAGGAGGUGGAGAGCAACAGCUCAGCAGUACGACGGGCAACGGAACAACUCCCGGUGGAAGUGGUUCGGGUGGUGAAGGGCAGAAAAAACCAAACGGGGGCCGUCGGCAGGAGAAACCACAGCUCAGCUACAUCAACAUGAUCGUCAUGGCGAUCAAGGACUCACCCCAUCGGCGUCGAACGUUGAGUGAAAUCUACAAGUAUCUACAGUCGAAGUACGAGUUUUUUAACGGUGAGUACAACGGUUGGAAGAACUCGGUACGGCACAAUCUCAGCCUGAACGAGUGCUUCAAGAAGCUGCCGAAGGAGUGUGGUAAACCGGGCAAGGGCCACUACUGGACGAUCGAUGCAUCGGCUGAGUAUAUGUUCGAGGAUGAGGGUAGUUUAAGGCGCCGUCCACGUGGCUUUCGGCGAAAGCAGCAGCUUAAGGGUUACGGUGCUGGCAGUGCGUUCUAUCCGGCAGGAAACACCGGGUACGAGCUGACGGAACUGUCCGGUGGAUAUCUUUCACAACCGUACGGUGGUUAUGCGGAUUAUGCGAGCAUUCCUCCGCCAUCAGCUGUCCUAGGUCAAGGUCCAGCUGGUAGCGGAGGAGGUGGAGGUGUUGGUGGUGGUGGUGGUAGUGGAGGUGGAGGUCAUCAAUCCGGUGGCUAUCCUGAACCGCAUUCAGCGUCAACUGGUACCUCCUCCUGGCACUAUCCGGCCGUGGAUGGUUUGGGCCAGUAUUCGAAGAUAACGCACACGUCUCUCCACGAACAGGCGCUUCAGGCACCAAGAUCGCCCGGACAACAAACGACCGGGGCAGGUGUACUCGAGUACGGCAAUUAUACUUUCACCAAUGCGGCCACAUCUCCCUACGGCCUCGAUACAGGUUUAAAAAUAGCUUCUCUCUCACAAAUGGCGCCUCCAUCUGUCUCAGUUCCAACAUCCUCUACAUCGACCGGAUCGUCCACAUCAGGCACAACACCGACGCACAACACAGGAAGCUCCCCUACGCUGAGUUCCAUGAUCCUUUCAAGUUCCGGCACAAUCCCAGGAAACAAUGAAGCUCAAACUAGCGUUGUGAUCGUUGGAAGCGGAGUGCCGGAAAGCGAAGGUCCAACGAUGGAUUGUAAGUCAGAUGUUUAUGGCGGAGUAGCUGUCGGCCAUUCGAUGCUUCAAAAUGGUACAUCUCCCGGCGGUGCAUCUUCCGCUACAGGGCAGCUACAUCAACACAACCUUAAUGGUAGCGGUCAUCAUCAUCAUCAUCACGCUCACCUGCAAACGCAUCACCAUCCUGGGCAUCAUUCGCAUGCUCCCCAUCAUCUCCAUCACCAUCAUCAUAGCAACCAUCUUAAUCUGGCUGCACCGUACUGAAACUCUGAUGAUCGCCAUGGUAACGAUGACGAUGGACCAGGUGAGACCGUCGGCCAUCUUGCGCGUGAACGAUGAAAUGCAGGUGAAUGAGAAAGAGAGAUAGAGAGAUAGCAAGAGAAAGAAGCGAGAGAGUGAGAUAUAAUGGAAGACACACAAAUUGGGGCGGGAAAAAGCAAAGCUGAAAAAUGGCUACGCAUAUGAGUAGUUUUGUUAGGUGGAAUUAUUUAAGAAAAUAUAAUUAACU